UCUGAGCCUCUGACCUUCUUCUGCAUUCAAACGACCGCCCACCAAACCGCAAGGUCAGACGCGACCCAGAACUCUCAUCAGAGAGAGCAGCAGAGGACUUACCCAAAAAACAUUCUACGAAUCGAGAAUCUCUGUCUCUUUCUCUUUUCCCCUCUCGGCCAUCGAACAAAACCCAUCAAUGGCGAUCGCCUACUGCUUCUUUUCGACCCCAAAUCCGAACCUAUCAGUCUCCGUUCCCAAUCCCACGCGCCGACGCAACCUCACUCUCUCCCCUGUUCUCUCUCUGAACCUCUCUUCGUCCUCCUCCCUCUCUUCCUCCGCCGCACCCAUCUCCCUCUGCCGCCGCAACUUCCCAUCCCCUGUCUUCUCCGCCUCCAUCGACAACGGCGGCUCCGAUGACCACAAUAAUGGAAACCACGGCGGCGGCGGCGGUGGCGGAAACAACGGGGAUGGCAAGGGCGGGGAGGACAGGGAGAGGAACAAGAAGGAGGCGAUGAUGGUUCUGUCGGAGGUUGGGUUCCGUCUGGAGAAUCUGCCGAAGGAUCUGGCUGCUGCGAUCGAGUCGGGUCGGAUUCCCGGAUCGGUUGUGACCCGGUUUCUGGAGCUCCAGAGAUCUGCGUUGGUGCGGUGGUUGAUGCAGUUUGGUGGGUUCAGGGAAAGACUUUUGGCCGAUGAUCUCUUCUUGGCUAAGGUCGCCAUGGAAUGUGGUGUUGGUGUCUUCACCAAGACAGCUGCAGAAUAUGAACGCCGGAGAGACAAUUUCUUCAACGAACUCGAAGUUGUUUUCGCCGAUGUGGUGAUGGCUAUCAUCGCGGAUUUCAUGUUGGUGUAUCUUCCGGCACCUACUGUUUCACUACGUCCGCCUCUUGCCCUUAAUGCUGGACGGAUAUCAAAGUUCUUCCACAGCUGCCCAGAUAACGCUUUCCAGGUUGCUCUCUCUGGUACCUCAUACACUCUGUUGCAAAGGAUAGGUGCUAUAUUGCGUAACGGGGCUAAACUGUUUGCUGUUGGAACGACUUCGUCGCUGGUUGGUACCGCCAUAACGAACGCUUUGAUCAAAGCACGACAAGCCGUGGACUCUGAAGCCGAAGUAGAGAAUGUCCCGAUACUCGAGACAAGCGUAGCCUACGGUGUGUAUAUGGCAGUUUCCAGCAACCUCAGGUACCAGUUAUUGGCCGGUGUGAUCGAACAACGUCUGCUGGAGCCAUUGCUGCACCAACAAAAACUCGCACUUAGUGCUAUGUGUUUUGCCGUUAGAACUGGCAACACAUUCUUGGGUUCGCUAUUGUGGGUAGAUUACGCUCGCUGGAUCGGUAUCCAGAAAUCUCACUGAGGAGUGAUGAUAUAAAAAAGAAAAGCAUUGUGGGCAUGAAAGAAUCCUGAACCGGAAAGCCAAACCCGGUUCGAUUUCGCCCUGCUUUAUUUAUAUGACAAGCAGCUGUUAAGGUUUUUACAAUGCUGCUUUGGAACCGAAAUUGUUCUAAUUUUCAGCCGAAUCGAUUUCUUUUUUGUGGGGUUUUGGUUCUUUGAAAAUCAGUCGAUUUUUCUAAACAGAUAAGAUUCCGCUUAA